GACAAGGUGAUGGAACAACUGGUCUUGGAUCUGAUCAACCCUGGGACACGUGAAAACGCUCUUUUGGAACUCAGCAAGAGGAGAGAAAGCUUUCCAGAGCUCGCACCAGUCCUGUGGCACAGCUUUGGCACAGUCGCGGCGCUCAUACAAGAAGUAGUGUCAAUCUAUCCAGUCUUGUCUCCGCCCGUUUUAUCUGCGCACGCUUCAAAUAGAGUCUGCAACGCGCUGGCUCUCUUGCAGUGUCUGGCCUCCCAUCAGGACACUCGCAGCCUCUUCCUGAAAGCACACGUGCCCUUGUUCCUGUACCCCUUUCUCAAUACCACAAGUAAGACUCGACCGUUUGAGUAUCUCAGACUCACAAGCUUGGGAGUGAUUGGUGCUAUCGUGAAGGUCGAUGACACAGAGAUCAUCAACUUCCUGCUGACCACGGAGAUCAUCCCACUAUGCCUAAAAACCAUGGAGAUGGGCAGUGAGCUGUCCAAGACCGUGGCGACCUUCAUUGUCCAGAAGAUACUUCUCGACAAUGUGGGGCUGGGGUAUGUGGUGCAGACCGCAGAGCGGUUCUUCGCGGUGAGCGCAGUGCUGAACAACAUGGUUCUGGCGCUGCCGGAACAGCCGAGCGUGCGCCUGCUGAAGCACAUCAUUCGCUGCUACCUGCGCCUGUCGGACAACUCCCGCGCGCGUGAGGCCCUGCGCCAGUGCCUGCCCAAGCUGCUCACCGACCAAACCUUCACCAUUUGCCUGGCAGAGGACGGCCAGACCCGCGGGUGGCUGGCGCAGCUGCUGGUGAAUGUGGGGCACGGGCACUCAGACCAGCAAUUCCCAAAGAUCAUGGACCCCACUGCCUGUGUUGCGUGAGAGCAGUCAUGGAAAGGAACAGAGCAUGCUGAUCCCUGCACCUGGUGCAUUGCUGGACUUGCUCCAUGCCUUUACCAAGAUGUGACGGCUUUGUUGAGGCUGGUACUGUACUGGCAUGAGGAGUGUCAAACAGCCAAGCACUACGACCUUGUGGAGAUGUCUGGUCAAAGGAUCUGGGAUUUGCUUGCCAUGCAUAGUGCAUGCAUGCGCACAGUAGAUGCUGGAGAGCUGCAUAGGUUUGAUGUCACAUAUUGCAAUGGCUGAGAGAGUUUAUGUGCAGAUGUGUUACGUGUUGCGACUGCUGAUGCUGC